ACUUAUCAGUUUAUAUUGAAUCCGAAAUAAAUACGUGGCUUCUGUUUUUAGUUGGAGAAACGCCGCGCAGCCCAAGUUGUUUCUUCCGUUGCGAGAAGAAAACAGGGAGAGAAAGAAAGGACUGGGGACGACCGACGAUGAGGCUGUGGUCGCCGAUGACGGUGGCAUUGUUUUUCUUGUUGACGCUAUCGACCUUCUCUCAUCAGAACAAUGCCUUUGUCACGUCUCGGAUUAUGCCGAACCGCUUGUCUGGAACCAGCAGUUACUUGACCAAUAAGGAGCUCUGGUACUCUCAGACGCUCGACCACUUCUCUCCCUAUGAUCACCGCCGGUUUCGGCAACGGUACUAUGAAUUCCUUCAUAACUUCCGGCUUCCAGACGGACCCAUUUUUUUGAUAAUCUGUGGUGAAUAUCCAUGCAAUGGGAUAGACAAUGACUAUAUCAGUGUUUUAGCGAAGAAGUUUGGGGCAGCUGUGGUUUCUCUUGAACAUCGCUACUAUGGGAAAAGUUCUCCUUUCAGUUCACUGAGGACGGAAAACUUAAGGUAUCUUUCAUCUAAGCAGGCGAUCUUCGAUUUGGCUGCUUUUGGGCAAUAUUAUCAGGAAUCAUUAAAUAUGAAGCUCAAUAGAUCAAAAGCUGAAAAUCCCUGGUUCUUUUUUGGUGUCUCUUACCCAGGAGCUCUUAGUGCCUGGUUCCGUCUUAAGUUUCCUCAUUUAACAUGUGGAAGCCUUGCAAGUUCUGCAGUUGUUCUUGCUGUUUAUAACUUCACUGAAUUUGACCAGCAGGUUGGUGAAUCAGCUGGUGCAGAAUGUAAAGUUGCAUUACAAGAAAUUAAUCAACUUAUUGAACAAAGGCUUGCAACAGAUGGGAAAGCAGUGAAGGCAUUAUUUGGUGCAUCUGAGCUUGAGAUUGAUGGCGACUUCUUCUAUUUUCUGGCUGAUGCUGCUGUUAUGGCGUUCCAAUAUGGAAAUCCUGAUAAACUAUGCACCCCUCUUGUUCAAGCAAAGAAGGCUCGAGGCAAUUUAGUGGAUGCAUAUGCCAAAUAUGUGAGAGAGUAUAUACUUGGAGAUUUUGGAGCUAAUGUUCAGACAUAUAAUCAGAAACAAUUGAAAAACACUACUCUUUCUGCAGGCAGUACCGAUCGGUUGUGGUGGUUCCAAGUUUGUACUGAAGUUGCAUAUUUUCAGGUGGCACCAUUAAAUGAUAGCAUUCGCUCCAGAAAGGUUGACACAAGUUACCAUCUGGACCUUUGUAAAAAUGUCUUUGGAGAGGGCAUCUACCCUGAUGUAGUUGCAACAAAUACAUACUAUGGUGGCACAAAAAUCGCUGGUUCAAAAAUAGUUUUUACAAAUGGCUCUCAGGAUCCCUGGCGUCAUGCAUCCAAACAGAUUUCAUCAACAGAUAUGCCUUCCUACAUCGUUUCUUGUCAUAAUUGUGGCCAUGGGAGUGAUUUGCGAGGAUGUCCUCAAGCUCCUUUAAGCAUUGAAGGCAACGCCCAGAACUGCAGCUCUCCUGAUGCAGUUCACAAAGUAAGGCAACAGAUUAUAGAACACAUAGACUUGUGGCUGUCGCAGUGCCAAGACUCAGCUAGGAGUUCUAUGUGAUGUUUGAGAAACAUGCAAUCUGUAAGAUGAUUGUUUAAAGAACCUUAAUCUCGUGUAUUUCCUUCCGUGCAGAUGUUUAUAUGUAAAUCUGUGACGGAUAUUUCCAAAUGAGUCGUCUACUGUAUGUGGCACAGUUGAUUUUGCUUCCCGAUAUUUAAUAUCUAGAAUAUUACCAUU